AUGUAUAGCUGUCACUCAUUCUCUCUCUCUCUCUCUCUCUCUCUCUCAAUAUAUAUAUAUACCGCUCUCAUUUUCUUUCCUCGCUCUCUGUUGAUCUACCUCUCUCUCUCUCUCUUCCCCUCUUUCUUACCCUUUCUUUCUGUCGCUCUAUUUUUCGCUCUCUUCUUCUUUCCCAUGUUCGCUUUCUCCUCAUUUUUCUCUUGCUCUUCCUCCGUCCUCUCACCCUUCCUCUCUCUCCUCCUUUCUCAGUCUUUUUCUUUCAUCCUCUGUCGAUCUUCCCCCUCUAUCUCACUUCACUCUCCUUUUCUUUCUGCCUCUCUAGCUUUCACUCUUCUUUCUCUCGUUCUCUCUUACCAUUAUUCUCUUACUCUUCCUCUCUCUUCACUCUCUUUCUCUCUCUCUCUCUCUGUCGAUCUUUCACAAUAUCUCCCCUCUUUCCUACUCUUUCUUUCUGUCUCUCUAUCUUUUACUGUCUUCUUUCUCUCGCUCUUUAUCGCAAUUAAUUUCUUGCACUUCUUCUCUCCGUUUGUCUCUCCUUCUUUCUCGCUCUUUCUCUCUCCCCAUUACUCUCUUGCUCUUUCUUUUUCUUCUUUCUCUCUCCUUCUCUCUCUCUCUCUCUCUCUCUCUCUAUCAAUCUUCCUUUCUCUCUUCCGUAUUUCUUACACUUUCAUUCUGGCUGUCUUUCACUUUUUCUUCUUUCUGUCGCUCUCUCUCCUUUACUCUUCCUCUCUAACCCUUUCUCUUUUUCUCUUUCAGUCUCUCUUUUUCUUCUCCUCACUUCCUCUCUCUCUCUAA